AUGUCUAUCGCUAGUAAUAAGACAUGGAGAAUAAAAUGCAGAUCAAAAUUAAAUACUUUAGGGAGUUCCAAAUCUUGUUUUAGUUCAGACAGUUCAAAGAAACGACACUCAAGCCCUAGUGGCAGUAUUUCUACUGAUUUACACAAUCGGAACUUGGAUAAAAGGUUACUGAAAACUUUUGAAAAUUUUAUUCUUCAAUUGGACGAAUUGCUCCUGACUUUGAAAGCUGAAGAACAUUUAAAAUCAGAUGGAUAUAUCCCUGAAUUUACAAGUUAUCAAGAUAUAUGUGAAAAGUUGCGCCUCGAAGUCUUAAUAGCAAUUGACAAAUUACAAUUAAUUUCAUUCUCAGGUUCCGUUUACAAUGAGAACAAUAUGGAAUUUCUUAAUAAGAUGAAUACUUUAAAGUUUCAACUUUCAGAUAUUAGAGGCCAAUAUCAUAACGCAAUCAAAGACUUCAAUUUUCGACUUAAUGAUGAUAAAAACUAA